ACCUGAACGUUGAAGCAUUUGGAAGUUUUUGAGAUGAAUCGAUGAAGCAGUAGGGUGACGUACAUAAUUACUCUGAACUGCCACCAAUCGCUGCAUCGGCCAUCUGCUUCCUUCCGAGACCACAGCAGCCAUCACCAUGCCCGAUUUUGAAAAACAGAGUUACUGGCACGAGCGGUUUGCUUCGGAACGCGCCUUUGAAUGGCUGACGCCGUCGUCUACCGUCAUGGACAUUCUCACGCCUUAUCUGGCAGGCCUCAACGCAUCCAUCCGAAUUCUGCACUUGGGUUCCGGGACCAGCGAUCUCCACAACCACCUUCGCGAACGUGGCUUUCUCAACGUCACAAACGUCGACUAUGAACCGCUCGCACUGGAACGUGGCCGACAGCUGGAGCAAGACCGGUUUGGCGACGUACAGACUCAGUACCUGCUAGCAGACGCGACUCGGCUCAACUUGAGCGACAAGUAUCAGCUCGUCAUUGACAAGGGCACUGCCGACGCGAUUGCAUGCGGCGAAGAGGAUGCCUUGCUCUCCAUGGCUCGAAGUGUUCGCCGCUUCCUGGAUGAGAGCGGGUUCUGGGUCUCCCUCAGCUACUCAUCCCAGCGCUUCGACGAAGAGAUCCAGUCCAUAUUCUCGGUGGAGGUCAUCAGCAAGAUCCCAACGCCAAAGCACAAGCCGACCGAUCCAGACAUCUUCCACCACUGCUAUCUCCUCCGUCCCCGCGGCUGAUAAUCAACCAAGGUAUCCAUCAGAAACGCGCUCGGCAAAUGUUGAGGUGGCCGCUGAGAGUUUUGCAUGAUACAUGUCUGGCUUUAACUAUACAAUACACAUGUUCCAGGACACGACCAGGGUACGUUACCUUCGAUGUUACAACAACCUUUCGCUCGCGACCUCAUAAGCGGCAAGAGACGUGUGUGCCUUGGUCGAGAGAGCUGGCCAUCAAAGGCGAUCGAUCAUCGUAUGUACCAACCAACCUCAUCGAAUUGCGAAA